AGCUUCUUCAGUGAUAGACAAUCAAACAGUUAGUCAGUCGGUGGUGACCGAUCAAGCAAGGCGAGGUGAGAGUUUUAUUACACAAACUCUCGUCGCGGGUAGUUGUUCCUGGUUUAAAGUGUUUGCCUUGCUAGACAUAGUUUUGUGACCUAGUCAUGCUCGGAAAGCUGCGACUGAGAGUAUUCAGAAACGGGAGAUGUUGGAUCAUGAUGCGAUGUAUAUAGUUGCACUAAUUUAUUGCGCCUUUUAUAUUUUCGCGACUAGGUGGAAUAGUUUCGGGCUGGUGAAAGGUUGUGAAUUGAAUUGAAUUGUGAGGUGAUGUGGGAAAGUUGUCACGUCAGCUAGCGGUGCUACUGUGUACCUGUGGUGUUUCUGGAGGUAACAGAGCCAACGACGGUAACGGGUAUACUUUACUAUAUCAACUACUAGUACGUUGCUGGCAGUGGUUGUGUAUUGUGUGCUGAGAGCAAACAAAUGUGCUAACAACUAACCCAAACAAUUGAAUGCUUGCCAUUUGAUUGCAUCGUUUACGUUUCUCGUGUCGGAUGACGGUAGAGAGUAUCAAGCAAUCAAGCGGCUAGGUGAGUUUUGAAGUGAACGAUCAAGGUUGGUUGGAUGUGAUAUUACAAAACCGAACCAAGAAGAUUGUAAAUACAAUCGAAAUUUUACGCAAAUCGUGCAACGUGAUAUAAGUUGGAAAUUGGUCAAACGUGCAUUGCUGAAACUUGUUCAAGGAAAGGACCCAGAUAAACCUGCACUGAACUUCCAUCUAUUAAUGCCGCACCAUCAGCGACGAAUAUUGAUAGUCAAUCACAUCCAAACGAGUCACUCCGUAUCCGAAUCGAAAGAAGAACUUUUUCAGAGUACUGCGCGAUAUGUGAGGGGGCGUAUGGGUGUGUGUGAUAACUAUUUGCCGGAUAGCGUUUUUAUCGAAUAUUCAUUUCAAAUGACAUCAUUACCCACCACUCAAUCCGAGCUGACGCUGUCCGAUACGCAAAGUUGUAAAUAACAGCAGUGGCAGCGUUCGCAGCCUAAAGACGAUUAGAUUUUUGGAUAGGUUCUUCCACACCCACCUCUGAAAACAGAAGAGUAUAAAAUCAUCAAUUUGGAAAAUAUGAGCGCCGCCGUCAGCGCUGAAGCGUCAGCGAUAGCGGCUAACGACGGUUCAAACAUCAGCAGCAGCAGUACCAACAACAACAGUAAUGGCGAUCGCGAACCACGAAAUAAUGGUUCCUACGCAUUCGGAACCAUUUUGGAAAGCAGCACCACCUCGGCCAGCAACAAUAAUUCCUCUACAGCAACCGUCAUGUCAGGCAGAAGUUCCAUGUACAGCAACACCAGCCGGUCUUCCUCAUACCAUAUGCAACAUCUUAAGAGCGCCUAUGGAGCGUCCGAGGAAAUGUUGGAAACCGAAAAGGCCAGUCUCGUGGAGCGUGUGAACGAUUUGGAGAGGAUAGUGUUGGAACAGAAAGACGAAAUAGUUUGCCUUAAAUCGACAAUGGCUGAUGUGUUGCGGCGACUUAAUACAAUAGACAACAGCUAUGAUAGUGGUAAAGCGAUGGAGGGCAGCUCGCAGAGCAGUUCUACCUUGUCCAGCAAGAGUUUUCGGUUCUCGCGCAACACAAUCACUAGGCUGAACUCAAGCGUCGACGAGAAACGCUUCGGUCGCGUGCCAUCUCGGGUCACAAAUUCGCCGUCCCGUAACAUGUCUACCUCGAAAGCGAGCAGCUUAGCUCAGAAGGCGAUUCACCAUUCCAACGGAUCGUUACAUUCCGACUCCAUGAGCAGUCAUUCGAUAUCGCCGGCGCCAUCGCCCUCGCCAAGGCAGCCAAAUAUACAGAACCUGGCCGCUUCGGCCAUUGGAAUUGGUGUAGGAGUGGGAGCGGCCGGUGUAGGUGGCAUGGGCAAACGUUGGAGUUCGACAGGUGAUUUUGUCAGCGGUUCACCGGGACCGACCGUCAAUAGUACAAGCAACAGCAUUUCACGUUUCUCCACGAAAUCGCUGCUAAACCUGAAUAGUGGCAUAUCCGCCAGUGGAUCGAAACAGUCCCAUGCACACGCAUACGUCCAGCGCAAGGAUGACGACGACUACUUGAAGUUGUACAUCAGCGGCCGCCCGAUAGUGUUGCAUAUACCGGACGCUCAAAUUAGUUCGUAUGAAACGACGAAGGUUCAACCGGGACCGAACAGGCGUCUUCGGUUGGACUGGGUCUACGGAUAUCGAGGCAAAGAUUGCCGAUCGAAUCUCUACCAGUUGCCGACGGGGGAGAUGGUAUAUUUUGUGGCAGCAGUGGUCAUUCUGUACAAUAUGGAUGAACAGUCACAGCGGCAUUAUGUUGGCCAUACGGACGACGUCAAAAGUUUGGCGGUGCAUCCGAACAAGCUUCUCGUUGCGACAGGGCAGUGUGGAGGCCACGACGGUCGGGAAACGUGGCCGCAUGUGCGAGUGUGGAAUUCGGUUUCGUUGGCAACGCUCAAUGUAAUUGGGAUGGGGGAUUUCACUGGAGCGAUCAACUGUCUUUCAUUUAGUAGAGCGGACAGCGGAACCAUUUUAGCGGCAAUCGAUGAUUCACCGGAUAAAAUCAUUUCGAUUUGGGACUGGCAGAAAAAAGAGAAUGGUAAACGAAUCACUGAGACCAAAUGCUCCGUAGAUACGAUUGUAGCUGUUGAAUUUCAUCCUCUGGACAAGGGGCAAAUCAUCACGAUCGGCAAAAACCAUAUUGCCUUCUGGUCGCUGGAUCAAAAUGGCAUGUUGUAUAAACGGAUGGGUGUCUUUGAAAAUCGAGAAAAACCUAAGUACGUAACGGCGAUUACAUUUACUCCUACCGGGGACGUAGUGACAGGGGAUUCGAAUGGAAAUAUUUCGAUUUGGGCACGUGGAACGAACGUGAUUAACCGAUUCCUGAAAAAGGUUCAUGAGGGAUCAAUAUUUUCAAUCUGCUCGUUGCGCAAUGGAGGAUUUGUUUCUGGCGGAAAAGAUGGUCGAUUAGUCCUGCUAGAUGACCUGAUGAGGCUCAAGGUGGAACAACUUGUCGAAGCACACUUCGGUGCUGUACGCGUAGUGGCCCAAGGUAAAGGAUCGCAGCUACUAAUUGGAACUACCAAGAACUGCAUUUUGUCUGGUGACUUUACACUUGGCAUAGUGCCAAUCGUGAUGGGUCAUACGGAUAUACUAUGGUCACUUGCGUCCCAUCCUCAGGUUGCCCAAUUUGUCACGGGAGGUCGAGAUCGUCUAUUGCAACUAUGGGAUUCCCUCUCGCAUUCUGUAGUUUGGAGCAAAGAUAUCGGGGAACCGAUUCAGUCUGUGCAAUUUUCAAACAUUGGUGAUGCAAUCAUUGUCGGUGGAGUCAGUGGUCGAUGGAUGGUAUUUGAUACAGUAACCCGGGAGCUGCUAGCGGUGUACCAAGAUGGCCAAGAUGUCAUCCAAACCAUUAAGUUUUCUCCGGAUGGUAAUCUAUUGGCCCUUGGUUCUAAGGAUAGCUACAUAUACAUCUAUCAGUGCACUAAGAUGGCGCAUCGGUUCUCCAAGAUUGGAAAGUGCAGUGGUCACUCGAGCUACGUAUCCCACAUGGAUUGGUCAAAGGACAGCCAAGUUUUGAGAACGAACUCUGGAGACUAUGAACUACUUUAUUGGAACCCAACGCUCUGCCGCCAAAUCACAAAUCAAGGAACGGUUCGGAAUCUCGAUUGGGCAACCCAGUCCUGUACGGUGUGCUUCGAAACAGUCGGCAUCUGGUCGGAGAACUUUGACGGGACGGACAUCAACAGUGUGUGUAAGGAUAGCACCGAACAAUUUCUGGUCACAGCCGAUGACACCGGCAAAAUUAGGCUCUUCAGUUAUCCGGCUUCGCAGCCGAAGUCGCUGUCGCAUGCGUACCGAGGCCACAGCAGCCAUGUAACAUCCGUCAAAUUCAUGCAUGAUGGCGUCCGGCUUUUAACGGCGGGCGGAUUGGACACAAGUGUACUACAGUGGCGUGUCGUUUAGAACAAAGCGCAUCGUAAAAUAAGUGAUCACAAGCCAACAGCAACAAACAAAUUAUGCAGUACUAAUUGUUACAUUAGUAUUUAAAUUACAACCGAUUCUAUUUAUUAAUUCUUUUAUAUUCGGGGAAAUGUACCGAGCAAUACCAACAAAAAAUACAGCUUCAAAAUAUAAAUAUCUAAGUGAUACUGUUGUUUAAUAUUAUUAUGUAUAACGAUGCAUACAAGAACAGGCAAUAAAUUAUUACAAUUUUUUAUACACCAA